CACUCUCCCUUCUAUUUUCUUUCUCUUUGCUUUCUUUCUCUCACUUUUCUCUUUCCGGAGUUGGGUCUUUGUCUUUCUUACCGGAAAAAGUGAAUCUAAUCUUCCGAAACAACUUCAACCUUCCGCAUUCAUACAUUCUGGGUUUUGCUCGGAAUUCGUAAUGGCACAACGUUCACAAGUACCGAAGUUUGGCAGUUGGGAAAGUGAGGAAAAUGUUCCUUAUACAGCAUAUUUUGACAACACGAGAAAGGGUAAGGAUGGUGGAAGGAUGAAACAGAAUGAGCCUCAGGAUAAUGCAACUCCAUUUCAAGCCCCUCCUUUCCAACAAGAGGCUGGAUUGAAGGAUCAAAUGGUAACAGCAGCAGUAAGGUCAAAGCAUGAGCAUCAGAGAAGUCAUGACGAUGAUAAACUCUCGAUAGUGGCUGAUUCUGAUUUGCACCCUGAAGCUGUAGGUGAAAGGCCUGCAUUUGACUUGUCUCAUCAGCAUUAUGGUGGCGUAAGAUCUGGAAGUGUGCAAGUCCAAUUGGAGGCACUAAAGGGAUCAGAUGUGUUAAGACCGAGACAUGAACUCCGGCAGAGUCGGGGAGAGGGUGACCUCAGGAGACUAACAGAUUCUCCCUUGCGGCAUGAAAGUGUAGGCCGGAGAGCUCUUGUGGACUCUCCUCAUCAUCGCCAUGGUGGCACAAGUGCUGGUGAAACUCCCAAAAGGGUUUCACGGCAAAGUGCAGGUUCUGAUCGCAGCAUUGACCACUCACCACUGCACCCUCAUUACCAGGCAAAGGUUGGAGCUAAAGUCGGUGGAGUUUCUUCUCCCUCAUGGGAAAGGAAGGGUUCAUCCGAAGGUGGCCAUGGCUUAUCUCCCUCUACUCCUGGGAGGUCCCGAUUGAGAUCAGCUACUCGAGGAGACAGUCCUGAUUGUAGUCCUGCAGUUCCCAAAUUUGGUGAGUGGGAUGAGAAUGAUCCUGCAUCAGCUCAAGGUUUCACUCACAUAUUCAACAAGGUACGGGAGGAGAAGCAGAGUGGAGCAGGAAAGGUUCCUGCCAUUGCGACUGAAGGUUCCUAUUCCAAUGGUCAGAAGCAACAGCGGAAUGACAAUUCCAAGAGCUGCUGCUGCUGCUUUCCAUGGGGCAGAAAAUGAAUCAUUUGAUAACCAAUAAACAGUCAGUAAAUCAGUCCUGUACACCAUAUAUAUAGCGUGGGACUUGGAAGGCUGUCUUCAUGUAUAGAGUAACUUCCUCUUAAGUGCAUUCUUUAUCGUGUGAUUUCGGCAAUUGAAAGCAAUUUCCAAUAGGAAAGCAGCAUACCAUCAUCCCCCUUCCCUUACUUCAUCCUCUUGCAUGUGCAGUAUUCCUCCAUACCCUCUAUAUUCUCUUAUAUGCAAUAAAAGAAACUCCCUAAUGUAUAUUUUCUUUUUCCAUUUUCUAUUAUGGUGGUAUUAUCUUUAAGCUGUUGCUAUGAUUGCACAACUAACAUAUUAGCUGCAACAACUUAAAAAUUAUUUUCUAAUUAUAUUAGUAAGGCAAUCAAAUGUAACGAAUGUUGUUAAAAAUCAGAUUUCUGCACCUUCGUGGACAGACAUGAGUUAGUUGAACUUACUAUAGUUAUCUUCUGGAUUGGCAAGAGUAGGUAUUCUAGAGAGAGUAGAUGGCCGACAACACACUACUACUACAUGCGGUGUGUGUGACCUCGUUUUGAUUAACUAUUAGGACGAAUGGGCGAGAUCAUGCUCAUGCUUUAGAUUUUGAGUGUUAAGCUAAGUGAUGGGCAUGAGGAAUGCUUCUAAAAAUUGUUUGUUGUUACAUUCAGAUUCAGUGGUAUCAGAGAAGAAUGACGCAAUUGAUUUUGAUGCCACUCCAGUUGUAUAUGUACUACUGAUUCAUUACUAUAUCAUUACUAUUACUACCGAUAUGAACAUUCAACAGUCUAAAAUUACAAAACAAAAGCUCUUCCUGUACGGGAUGUCUAUCCUUUGACCUUUUAGGUCGGUUUCCGAGGGUUCGUCUUAGGUUACAACGUGCCUCCCACAAAUGCAUUUCCUUUCCUGGGUUUCUGUUCUUUUCAUAACCUGACUACAAACAUAUCACAUUUUAUUUAAUUUCUUUUCUUAAAAAAAAAAAAAAAAAAAAGAA